AUGAAGACCUCCACCAUCCUCGCUAUCCUGGGCGCCGCCUCCUGCGCCGUCGCCAUCCGCUGCACCCAGGGCAUGACCUACUGCGGUACCUCCCUGGUCAAGAAGGGCAACUACACCCAGGACAUGCAAACCGCCCUGCAGCGCGAGGUCAUCGCCCCGUCCUCCCACCAGUUGCUGGAUUCACUGUACCUCUGCACCGCCGACGAGGACUACCUGAUCUACCGGGCGACGUGCCGGCGCGGCGCGUGCCAGGACAACGGCGUCAACCGGGAUGAUAUCUGUAUCGGGACGGAGGAGCAGCCUGAGGAGCAGGAUCUGGAUCUGGAUCUGGAUCAGGGGCAGGAGCAGGAUGUUGGUAUGGGCCAGGACCAGAAUGCCCAAAAUGCGAGGCCUACUACUAGUGUUACAUUUUAG